AUGUCGGCGGUCCAUGACACGGGCGGCCUCGUGGGCAUCAAGGUCCUCGUGCCCCACGCUGGCGACGUCGUCGCCUUCGACGCCGAGACGCAGCGCUACGAGGUCCGCUUCGUCACGGGCCUCGUCAUGAAGCUUCCGCGCGAUGAAGUACUCAACCUCAACCAAAUGUCCGUGGCCAUGCAGCAGCCGCUGGUCGUGCAGCAUCCGCUGGUCGGGACGUGUGUCGUCAAGCGCUUCAACACGACUUUAGUUCGUGGCACCGUGCAGCAGCACGACCCGCAGUGGAACGUGUUUGAA